AAUUGUCAGAAAAAUUGACAUGAGAAGAUUGCAACAAAAACCACUAUAAAUACACAAGCAAAGCAGAAAUUUUUGAUUUAAAUCAAAAUUGCCAAAUACCCUACCAAUAUCUUUAACACAUUUCACGUAUUUCAGGGCACGCUCGAAAGAAUUCGUUUUUCAAUGAUAAAGCGUCUGCUGUUUGUUGUGAUAUAUUCAGUUCUAGUCAUAGCUUUAUUUUGUUUCUUGUGUUAUCUGAUGACGACUGUGAACCCUACACCCGUAGACAGGAAUGGCAGUAAUUAUCUCAGAGAAGGCACGAUAUUGAACAAUGUUUUGGAGUUAAAAGAUUUAUACGGUGAUAAUGUGCCAACUGGUGAUGAUUUUCAAUAUGGACUGGAGAAAUUCGAUCAAAAUAUUACAGUUUUAACACUAAUACGAUACGCAAGUACUACAUCCAUUGAAAUUAAAACCACCGCUGAAGAGAAGACAGUGCUAAAAGUAAAUGUUGACACAUAUUUGACCGGCACAAAUAAUGGAAUUAAUAAAAUACGAAAUAUAAAUAAUUCCACGGUUGUGGGCGUUGACAAUGUUUCUGUUAAUAGUAAAUUUUGAAACCAGGAAAAUCUACCAUCUACCAUUACCAUUACCAUUACAUUAAAAUUUACUGGGCUAUAGCCCAGUAAAUUUUACGAUUUUAACAAGCGGGAUGAUUCUACACAGCAAUCGCUGCUCUGCUUGCGUCAGCGCUUGAAUCUCAUUUGGUAUUGAACCUGGAUCCAGAUUAUUCCAGUACGCCUUUGAUGGUGCUAUUGUUUUAUUACUGGUCACAUGUGUUUGGCAGCGCGAACAUAAAAGUAAUGUUGUUUUUGAAGACAGUUCUGCAGGUAGAUAUCCUAAUACAGCUGUGUUGUAACGUACAGUAUGAAUUUGGUUAGGAUAACAAUGCUUCGUGCAAAUGUCACAAACGUGUAUACACGAUGUGUUAAUAGCAUUUUCAAACGCUUGUACAUGAUUUUCAGCUCUGUGUUGCUGUGCACGCUCACGUUGGUUAUUUAACCUGUCGUGGCGUUGCUCAGGUGUUUCUGAAGCUUCUAACUCCUUUCGUCUC